AUGGCUGAAGUCACCGACCCCCAAGUUGCCGCCGACCUCAAGAAGAAGAGAACCUUCCGCACAUUCUCAUACCGUGGUGUUGAGCUCGACAAGCUCCUGGACAUGAACAAUGAGGACUUCGUUGAGCUCGUCCACGCCCGUGCUCGUCGCCGGUUCCAACGCGGCCUCAAGCGCCGCCCAAUGGGCCUCAUCAAGAAGCUCCGCAAGGCCAAGAAGGAGGCCCCUCCCAAUGAGAAGCCCGCCGUAGUCAAGACACACUUGCGUGACAUGAUUAUCGUGCCGGAGAUGAUCGGCAGCGUCGUUGGUAUCUACAACGGCAAGGUCUUCAACUCGGUGGAAAUAAAGCCCGAGAUGACUGGCCACUACCUUGCUGAGUUCUCGUGCUCGUACAAGCCGGUCAAGCACGGUCGCCCUGGUAUUGGUGCCACACACUCUUCUCGUUUCAUUCCCCUCAAGUAA